AUGUCUGCCGGCAUUGCUAUGAAACGGCUAGGCGGCCGAGCCGUCAACGCCGACGACGAUGAUGACACGGAGCGAGAAUACGACCGUCUACGCGAUCUAGCACGCGACGAGGCCAGAAAGCGAGGCGAAUGUUAUGAAAAGUCCAAGAGGGCCUACGAGGAUGGCGACGGCGCCAGGGCAAAGGAAUACUCCAACCAGGGGAAAGCCCACGACCGCAAAAUGGACGAGUACAACGAGCAGGCCGCCAACUUCAUAUUCCGGGCCAACAACGCCCCAGGGAGGGUAGAGAGCGACGCCAUCGACCUCCACGGCCUCUUCGUCGAGGAGGCCGAGCGCAUCCUGGAGCAGCGCAUCCGCGCCGACCAGUCCAGCGGCCAGGAGCACCUCCACGCCAUCGUCGGCAAGGGGAACCACUCUACCGGCCACGUGCAGAAGAUCAAGCCAAAGGUCGAGGCCCUGUGUCGCGAGCUGGGGCUCAAAUGCUGUGCAUGA